GAACCGUACUAGUCUAACUCUAUGGUGGCCACACCGGAAGCGUCGGCAGUUUCACUUCGGGGGGUGGGUCCGACGUCGGGCCUCUCACGCUGUAUCAUUUCUUUUUCCGGCUGAGCCGAGAGCGAGAGGAGCCGGCGCGCAGCCAUGUCUCUCGUGAUCCCAGAGAAGUUCCAGCACAUCCUGCGAGUCCUGAACACCAACAUCGAUGGGCGGAGGAAGAUUGCCUUCGCCAUCACCGCCAUCAAGGGGGUGGGCCGGCGCUACGCCCACGUGGUCUUGCGGAAGGCGGACAUCGACCUGACCAAGCGGGCCGGCGAGCUCACGGAGGACGAGGUCGAGCGGGUCAUCACCAUCAUGCAGAACCCCCGGCAGUACAAGAUCCCUGAUUGGUUCCUGAACCGGCAGAAGGACGUCAAGGACGGCAAGUACAGCCAGGUCUUGGCCAACGGUCUGGACAACAAGCUGCGUGAGGAUUUGGAGCGCCUGAAGAAGAUCCGGGCCCACCGGGGCCUGCGCCACUUCUGGGGCCUCCGUGUCCGCGGCCAGCACACCAAGACCACCGGCCGGCGGGGCCGGACCGUGGGCGUCUCCAAGAAGAAGUGAAAGCUCCGUGCGAAUAAAAUGUUUCCCACCCA